AUGAUGACGUGCCGUCUGCUGUGCGCCCUGUUGGUGCUCGCCCUGUGCUGCCGCCCUUCCGUGUGUGCGGCAGAGGAAGAAGCUAACCCCAGCAAGGACUCUGAUCCACAAAAGGUUGGCGAGCCAGGGGUACCAGGUCAGGAAACGGAUUCGCUUCUUACAACUUCUUCUUCGUCACAGACAAGAGAGGAGGGGGAAGGGAAGGAGAAACAGAAACCAGAUACGCCGACCCAUACGUCACAGGAAACGGCUACAGUAACCGGAACGGCAAAGUCAGAAAGUAAUUCCAAUAAGGUACAGGAACAAGAAGACGGGCAAUCCACUAAGGAAGAGACUGAAGAUACGAACACUAACACGUCGAAUGAACAACAUAAGGAAUCAAAUGCACCAACCACGACCACCACUACAAAGACAUCAAGUACCACCACCACGACCACCGCGCCACAGGCACCAGGUACUAUGAAUACUGAGGCGCCAACCACGACGACUACAACCACUACGACGACCACCCGCGCACCGUCACGUCUUCGCGAAAUUGACGGCAGCCUCAGCAGCUCUGCGUGGAUGUGUGCCCCGCUGCUGCUCGCCGUAUCCGCACUGGCGUACACCACUCUGGGCUGA